AAAAAAAAAAAUGCAAACCCCAAAAUCAUGACAUAACAGUCCAGAUUAUUGUUUAGGUACAUGUAUAUAUAUAGUUUUCAGGUUUUUUAAAAGAUCAUUUCAGUGUUUUUUUAAAAGGUGCCCAUUUUUGACGAGGAAAAUCUUUUGAACUUAGGAAUUUUGAUGGUCCUGUUAGGGCACAUAUUUUGACAAGAUUUAAGUCUUUUGAACUUAGAAAAUUUGAUGGUCUUGGUAGGGCACAUAUUUUGACAAGAGUUAAGUUUUUUGAACUUAGAACAUUUGACGGUCCUGGUAGAGGACACAUAUUUUGACAAUAGUUAAGUCUUUUGAACUUGGAAACUUUGAUGGUCCUGGUAGGGCACAUAUUUUGACAAGAGUUUGACAGUCCUGUGCCCCUUUCCACAAAGCUAUCUUAGCACUAACAUCACUUUAGUGCAGAAGGUAGCUAUGCAUUUAUGGUGAUCUUAGGGCUAAGAUCGCUUCGUGGAACGGGGCCCUGGUAGACUUGACAUUGUACAUGUAGGUAUUGUUGUAGCAGCACCCUCAAAAUGCGAGUUUUAUUUGUAAUUGUGCAGGUCUCCGACAGUCUGAUGGCCCUGGUCACGUUUGACUCAAUGAAGGCUCUGACCUACGUAAAGCAGCAGGACGGAGAGGAUAUGCCGGGAGAGAGUGUCGACGUCCAGCGACUGUCAACACCAUCGUAUACCACGGGAACCGACGACGACAACAUGGCCGAACUCACGCAGUGGUGCUGGUAUCUGAACACAGAGAGUGGUACUUGGUCACCCUAUCAACCUGGCAAUUUACAAUACACCCUGGAAAUGAAGUACCUGAAUGGCCAGACAACCUACUUGUUUGAGCGGGAACAGCACCAGUAUGAGGUCAACUUCUCUAAGAUGCGACAGACCAACUUGAGAACCUUGAAGUCGAGAGCGGUAAUCAGGAGACCGGUAUUUGUGUCAUCUGACCAUGUCAAGAGACGGAAAAAAGAAUCCCAUCCAGACCUGCUGAUCAAGAAGCCAGCACCUAUGAUGACUCUUCCCGAUCGUUGGGCACUGCUCGACUGUUACCAGACUGUAGAACUUGUGAAGCUGAGCCUCGGGAAUACAGAGGAAGACGAACUAGUGCAGAACCUGUUCUUCUCCACCAUGGACCGAUCUCAGUUUAAUAUCCAGUCGCUGUUUCGCAUUCAGAACCCGUCGCUGUGGAAGAAAUACUGCGACACGAAAGCCACCAUGGAGAUGACUCUCCAGCAAGAAGGGAUGGCCGGUCCUGUCAAAGAGAAGCAGCUGUUUCACGGCACAGAGGACAACGUCACCGUGAUCCGGGGAAUCUGCCACAACAACGUUGACUUCCGCCUCAGCGGCAAGAACGGCUCAGUCUACGGCGACGGUGCGUACUUUGCGAGAGACGCCAAAUACAGCCACAGCUACACCAAAGGUCCCGUUCGGUUCAUGUUCCUCUCUAGGGUUCUAGUGGGUCAGUACGCCAAGGGAGACAGUUCAUACAGACGUCCUCCGAGCAGAGUGGGCCACACACUGUACGACUCCUGUGUCAACGAUGUAAAGAAUCCAUCAGUCUACGUCAUCUUCGACAUAGCGCAGAGUUACCCUGAGUAUCUUAUGGAGUACACUGUGGUAGAGAGUCCGGAUUCUGUCGCAGAACCCGAUGUCCUGGUUUCUUCUCAGUCUGGUCUUCCAUCUUAUCUUUCGUCCACGCCAGGCUUGCCUCCAGUUGAUGCAUCAGCUUAUCCAGUCUCCCCAUCAUCUGGUGUACCGUCGUACCACCCAUCCAUGCCGGGCUAUCCUUCAGCCAGUGUGUCGUCCUACCCAACAACUUCUGUACCAGCUUAUCCUGGUGUCAGUGUGCCAUCCUACCCAACCUCUGUGGCAACACAUCCUUCUACUGGUGUGCCAUCCUACCCAACCUCUGUGCCAGCUUAUCCUUUGACCAGUGUGCCAUCUUACCCAACCCCUGUGGCAACACAUCCUACUGGUGUGUCAUCUUACCCACCCUCUGUGGCAACACAUCCUACUAGUGUGCCAUCCUACCCAGGUUCGUCUUCUGCUUCUGGGCCUUCUUACUCGACUACUGGCAAUGUGUAUCGGGUAACCCAGCAUGACAGGCCACCAACACACAAAUCACCUGAAGAGAAAUGUUCACUUCAGUGAUACAUCAUUUUUAGAUAUUAAAGGGACACCCGGAGUGUUUUUGGUCAUUAUGGUGUUAUGCAGUCCCAAGUUUUCAACA